AUGGACGAUAUCUACUAUUCGCCGCGGUACGAGGACGACGAGUUCGAGUACCGCCACGUCAUUUUGCCACGUGUCAUUGCACGACGUGUGCCCGAGCGCAAGUUGCUCACCGAGGCCGAGUGGCGACGUCUCGGAGUUCAGCAGGUACGGUUUUGCGGUUUGUGCGUCAGUUCUGGUGCCGGGUACGGGCUUCCAAUUGAGCUGAAACUUGGUCGGAACAUUGAUUUCGCCUGUCUAAGCACCUUUUCCAAGUUUGAGCUCGAUCGGACGCCUACACUCUUAGAUAUAACUUAUAACUUAAACUCGUAUGUUUUCAGUCGCUCGGCUGGCAACACUACAUGAUUCACAACCCGGAAAAGCACAUUCUGCUGUUCCGCCGACCGUUGCACUUCACAAAAAGCGACGAGGAGCGCGCGAAGGAGCGUCUGAUGAGCGAGAUGGCCGAGUACGAACGACGGCAGCAGAUGCACCAGCAAAAGUGA